AUGAAAAUAGCUGUUGUCGGUCUAGGUGGAACAGGUAGUGCAGCACUUCGUUUUCUUGCACGUUCCGGUCAUAAUGCUAUUGGUUAUGAACAAUUUCAUAUUGGUCAUGAACAUGGUAGUUCUCAUGGAGAAUCACGAAUAAUUCGUUAUACUUAUCCGGAUGUGUUAUUUACUCAAAUGAUGAGUGAUGCAUAUGAAUUAUGGUUUGAAUUAGAAAAAGAAGCCGAAGAACAAUUAUUAGUUCAAUGUGGUGGUCUUUAUUUUGGUGCUAAUAAUGAUCCAAAUAUUUUAGCUACAGAACGUGCAUUAAUUGAAGCUAAUUUACCUUUUGAACGAUUAAAUGCUGAACAAGUAAAAGAAAAACAUCCAGCUUUUCAUUUAUAUGCAAAUGAAACAGCUAUUUAUCAAAAAGAUAGUGGAUUUUUACGUGCAACACGAUGUGUAGAAGCAAAUAUUCGUUUAGCUAAAAAAUAUGGUGCAAUAGUUCAUGAAAAUACAAAAGUUCAAGAAGUAUAUACAAAAAAUGAUAAAACAUUUAUUCAAUCAUCUCUAGGUGAAGAAGAAUACGAUCGUGUGAUUGUAACUGCAGGUCCAUGGAUGAGUUCUUUAUUUAAAUCUUUAAAUUUACCAUUAGUUCCAACUCGACAACAGAUUGUCUAUCUUAAUAUAAAUGAUCAUGAUGAAUAUUUUCAAGCAAAUGGAACAUUUCCUGUAUGGAUUGAUACAACAGAUAAUCUUUAUGGUUUUCCAAGUGAUGGUCAAAUAAGUGGAAUUAAAUUAGCAUUUCAUCAUUGUGGUUCAGUUAUAUCUGAUCUAGAUGCGGAAAGAGCUCCAGUUGAUGAAAAUUAUAUAAAAGAAAUAUGUUGUUAUGCUAAAAAACGUUUUCCAAAUUUAGGUUCUAAUGUGACUCAUAGUCAAACAUGUGUUUAUACAAAUACGCCUAAUGAAGAUUUUAUUAUUGACCGUGUAACAAAUCAACCAAAUGUAUUUUUAGUUAGUGGUUGUUCUGGACAUGGUUUUAAAUUUACAGUUUUUGAUUCUAAUCGGAUUCAAUUUGAUUUUCAAUGUCUACUUAUAUUAAUUUGUUUUGUUUUUUCAUGGCUUCUUAUUUAUUUAACAACAAAUGAUGAACUUUGUAAAGCAAUAUUUAUUCAAAAUUGUCUUAUAUCAACAUGGACAAUCAUAUAUUCAAUUCGAAUGAUUUUAUCACAUUCUUCAAAAUAUAGGUUUGCUUUUAUGAUCUUUCAAUGUACAGUGACAAUAAUUAAUGGUUCAGCAAUGCUUAUGAUGCUUUUUUAUGAAGAUUUUGGCUUAUGUUUAUUAUUAGUAUUUUCUCUAUUUUUGAGUAAAUCAAUAUUUAUUGCUGGUCCAACACUUUGUCCACAGACAUGUUCAUUUAUUGAAUGGUUAUUAAUAUCAAUGGGUUGUAGUGGAUUUUUUUUAUCAAUUAAUCUUCAUUGGUGGUCACAUUUUGAAGAUAUUAUUAAUCGUCCAAUUUAUACUCUUGAUUAUGUUGUUGUUUGUGAAUGUUUGCUUUUAUUUGGUAUGAUUGUAUCGAUUUUACAAAUAAUGCCAUGGUCAAAAAUUAUAAGCACUACGACACAAUUUUAUAUUUCAUUAAUAACAAUAUUUUUAUGUGUUUUUCUACCACAAGCAUAUUUUUUUCUAAAUCAAAACCCAUUUACAUGGUUAUUUAAUUAUAUUUUGAAUAAAUCACAUCGAGUUUAUUUAUUAUUAUUUUGGUUAAUUAUAUCAUUAGUUUCAUUAUUAAUUGUUAAUCUUCAUUUGAAAUUUACAACAAAUUUUAAUAUUAAACAUGAAAAAACAAUAAUAAGAAAAUAUUUUCAUUUUUUAGCUAUUAUUGUUUAUACAAGUGGAAUAGUAUUUGAUACAAAUUUAUUAAUUAUGUGUUCUAUUGCAUUUAUCGUUUUACUUUUAUUAUUAGAGUGUAUGAAAAUAAAAAACAUUCCCCCAUUAGGAAAUAUUAUACGUCAUGCAUGGAAUAUGUAUGAAGAUGAGAAAGAUACUGGAUCAAUGAUGGUUUCUCAUUUAUUUCUGAUUAUUGGUUUAUCUUAUCCAGUAUGGUUAGCUGAUGAUAGUAAACGUUUAGCACAAUUAAGUGGAAUUAUAAGUGUUGGAAUAGGUGAUUCAAUUGCAUCAAUUGUUGGAUCCAAAAUUGGUACUCAUAAAUGGCCAGGUACAAAACGAACUUUAGAAGGCUCAUUAGCUGGUUUAAUUGUGCAGUUCAUUUUUAUUGGUUGUAUGUGGUAUUUCAGUACGUAA